UCACUUUCCUCCUGUUAAGCUGAAAGCAUUGCCAUCAGAUAACAGCAGCGAUGGGCAGUCGUCAGAUGAUGAGCCACCUCAGUGUGAACAGACUGCUGCAAAUUCAAAGUCGCGUAAUUCAGCAAAUGGUUCUUCACCUUCAUACUAUGACGAGCAAAAUGAUGCUUGUGGUACGCCAGAGUCACCUGCAGAAUCGCUGAAAAAGGAAGUUGUUUCAGACAUGUCAGGGGAGGACGAUGAUCACGAUUACUCACCAGGGAGUGAUGAAGAGUUCAAAGAAGGUUCUUCAGAUGAAUCCAGUCAUAGCGAUCCAGAGUCCCCCGUGAGUGAAGAACCCCUCCAAGAAGAGCAGAACUCAAAAUCAGAAAAUUAUUCAGGAAAGGAUAAAGGAGUCACUCCUGUAAAAAGGAAACCUAUGAUUAGUCAGGCAGAAGCGUCACAAACGCCAGUGUUGCCAGCUGUAAAACGACCAAAUUCAAAAGCUCGCUUUUAUGACAAGAAGAAUUACUGCUUGUUUUGCUCCAAGCCGGUGUUAAAACUGUCACGGCAUUUUGAGUCAAUUCACAGUGACAAACCAGAGGUUGCAGCUGCAUUUCAGUAUCCCAAACACUCCAAAGAAAGACAAAAUAUAUGGAAAAAAUUAACAAAUGAAGGAAACUUUGCACAUAAUAAAAAUGUUUUGAAAACAGGAGAGGGAACUCUUGUCGUACGACAGAGACCGAAAGUCCUUGGACAGGCCCGUGACUUUCUUCCUUGUCUUCACUGUCAUGGUCUUUUUGUGAAGAGAAACCUAUUCAAACACAUGAGGACGUGCCCAGCGAAAAGCAAGAUUGAAAAGGAUAUUGGAAAAAAGCGCAUUGCAUCAAUGUGUGUGCUGGCAACCUUGGACUGUGAAGACCGUGGCAUAAGUGAUGUCGCUAGGGGCAUUCUGAAUGAAAUGAUAUACGAUGAUGUGACGCGAGCUGUCAUGGAUGACAGGAUUCUCUUGCAGUUUGGGGAAUACAUGUACAAUCAUUAUGGCCGUGAUGCGAAAAAGCACCCAUAUAUUAGACAAAACCUUCGUCAGAUAGCAAGACUUGUGCUUGAGGCUCAAAAAACAACCCCAAUGAAGAAGCUGGAGGACUUCUUUCACCCUUCAAACUUCCAGCGUGUGGUGUCUGCAGUGAACGUCCUGGCAGGCUAUGAUUCAGAAACCAAAAUUUACGCCGCUCCUUCCGUUGCGAUCAAGCUUGGUCACAGCCUGCAGAAGACCUGCAGUAUUGUUAAGGAUAACGCGGUAAAGUCUGGUGAUACAAAACAGGCAGAGGCUGCUAAAAACUUCCUCUCUGUGUACCAAAAGAAGUGGACUAAGCUUGUUUCUUCGGCCGCAUUAAGAAGUCUCAGAGAAAUUAAAUCAAAACGAGCAAAGCAGAUACCACUUGUUCAAGAUAUGAAGCGCUUGCAUUUCCACUUGGAGAAGGUUCAUACUAUAGCUGAGAAGAAUCUACGAGACAGUCUUUCUACAGAAAACUUUGUCGCGCUGGCCAGGGUCAUGCUUGCCCGGAUAAUCCUCUUCAACAAGAGAAAGCCUCGAGAGGUUGCAACGAUUCAGCUGACGGAAUUCAUGUCACGAACAAAAUCAGAUCCGCCUGAUGACUUGGACCCGUCUGUCACAGAGUUGGAAAAAACCAUGUGUAGGUUCUUCACCAGAGUUGACGUACGUGGGGACUGUGGGAGAAAAGUCCCUGUUUUACUGAAGCCCUCAUUUGAGUCGGCUCUGGAGCUUCUAGUGGAUUCUCGCGAGGCAUGUGGGAUCACCAGUAAGAAUCCCUUCGUCUUUGCCCGACCAAAUGCUCUGUCUAACUACAGGGGGACAGAUUGUCUUCAAGGAUUUAUCAAAGAAUGUGGAGCUCAAAACUCUGAAGGUCUGACAUCGAAAAAUGUCCGCAAGCAUUUUGCAAAAAUGCUACAGCUGAUGAACCUUGAUGAAAAUGAAGCCAACCAAAUUUUUGGGCCUAAUAACAAAAUCCAGAUCCUGCGGCAGUGCAAUGACUCCACACUGGAUGAUAUUGAAAUGGAUUCUGAAGCUGAGUCGUGGGAUCAUAGUGAAGGCAGACCAGCAUCUCUUAAUCAACAAAAACGUGGAGGAAAAAGUGCCAACAAAUCUAUCAGAGGCUCCAAAUGUACACCCAAACACGCAUGGGGGGAUGCUGAGGUUCGUGCUGUAGAAAAACACAUGAUGCGCUUCAUUCAGGAGCACAAAGUGCCCCAGAAGGACGACUGCGUCAAGUGUCUUGAAGCUGAGGCAAAAGCACUGAGGAACCGCACGUGGAAAGGUCUAAAGAACUACGUCCGAAACAGGAUCACAACUCUGAAAAGACAAAGUGACUCUUCGCAGGAUUCACCGACCAGCAGCAAAAGGACCAGAGAAGCAGAACCACAGAAAACGAGACAGCCUACGAGUGGACGACAAGCUGAUUCACAGGAUCAUGAUGAAGGCUCUACUGCAGACAAUGGAGAGGCACCUUUUAAUCAUCAAAACGCACAUGGAGAAACAAGAAGCGCUAGCAAGACUACACGUCCCAAAUCUGUCAAAUCAGGUGGACAAGGUUCCUUUCAUAAAACUAAACACACGUGGGAGGAGGCAGAGGUCCACGCUGUAGAAAGACACAUGAUGAGUUUCAUUCAGGAGCACAAGGUGCCUCAGAAAGACGACUGCAUGAAGUGUCUUGAUGCUGAGCCAAGAGCGCUGAGAAACCGCACGUGGAAAGGUGUAAAGGACUACGUCAGAAACAGGAUCACAACCCUACAAAGACAAAGCGGCUUCUCCCUGGAUUCACCGAAAAGCAGGAAAAGGCCCAGAAAAUCAGCGGAGCCACAGCAGAGUGGUGGAGCAGAAAUGUUUUAUCACCAACAAGAACAUGAAGAAACAACAAGCUCCAGCAAAACGAGCAGAUCUGUCAAAUCCAGUGAGAAAGGUUUCCACCAUAAAACUAAACACACAUGGGAGGAGGCAGAGGUCCACGCUGUAGAAAGACACAUGAUGAGUUUCAUUCAAGGCCACAAGGUGCCUCAGAAAGACGACUGCAUCAGGUGUCUUGAUGCUGAGCCAAGAGCGCUGAGAAACCGUUCAUGGAAAGGUGUAAAGGACUACGUCAGAAACAGGAUCACAACCCUGCAAAGACAAAGUGAUUGUUUCCAAGAUUCACCAAAAAGCAGGAAAAGGCCCAGAAAAUCAGCGGGACAGCAGAGUACUCCACAUUACCAACAGCUCUAGAUUUGAUAUGAUGUUAAUACUCAAACCUGCAACAUUUCACAUCUUUCAGCUGACUUAUUGUUCUUUAAUCUUUCUGUCCAUUUGUAUAUAAGAUGUGAGAAUAUCUUUCCAUUAUAGUUCUCAGUUUUUGUUUUCAUGUUUUUUUAUGUUUUAUUUUAUCAAGUUUGUUUAACAGAGACUGUUCAUGAAUACUGAAAAAUUACUGUUUAUUCACAUUUAGAUAAAAGGGUUUUUUUUUAUGGUGUUCCUGGGUACUGUGACCAGUUUUGAAUACAGUAUCUGGUUAUGUUGGUUGGUAUACUGGCACAUGAUGCUUUGUUAAAAUAAAUGUCCAACAGUAAAGUCUCAAAAAUAA